AAUCCACGGGUCAUCAGAAUCAGUUUCGACUCCAUUUGUCAUACAUCGUCUUUUCAGACAGUUUCUGAUAUUCACGUGCAUCUAAAUUCAUCACUUACUUGUUUAGUUUCAAAGUGAAAACUAAUUACUCUCCAGGCACAAAAUACUUCCAGCUUAUCGAAAGUUUUAAGUAAGUGUUGAGUUAAGAAAUACCUUAAUAUCCGGGCACUUGAGUCGAUCUGAAGAAAAGGUCAGCACAUCAUCUCGGAGGGGUCAGUGUGCGGCGAAAAAGGUCAUCACACAACUACCCAAACUACCCCUCACAACUCGCUUGCGGGUGGUGGUGGUGGUGGAAGGAUAACAGUUUGAAAAGUCUACUUCCCUUUGAAACUGGUGGUCAUUUAAGUAAGAGUCGUUGGCGAUCAGAGGGGAAGAAUCAGGUCGUGUGGAAAUCGUCGUGGUCCGGUUCAGGAGUGUCGUGCCGUCGCUUCGUCUUCUUCUUCUCUUCUUCUUCGUCUUCUUGAGAGCCAGUGGACUCGGGAGGGAUUGAUUGUUGAGAAGGAAGAAAAGAACGGGAGGGAUAAGAAAGGUUGAAAAUGAAACCGGCUCAUCUCAAGGGGGCGAAGGGCCAGAAUAGGAGUAAUCCAAGCAAGCCGGAUGGAAGAAAGUCGGAAAAUGACUGUUUCAUUUAUAACAUGGCGAUCCUUGUGGGUUGUCAGUGUGAAAUUGCCAUCAGGGAUGGACGUAAGUUUGAUGGAGUGUUUUCGGCAUACUCUUCCGAGCGGCAUGAACUCAUGAUAGAGGCGGCUCACCUGAUCACGGAGGGGAUGACGGAGGACACGCCCAUCCAGAAAAGCUUCGACGUCUUAGUCGUUCCGGUGGAUAAGAUGUUGUCAGUUAAAUUCAAAAGCGUGGACACCACUUACGCGACGAGAGACUUUGCCACAGACGCGGCAAUUUCGGCAACGCGAAAUGUCACGGCAAGGGAUAAACAACUCACUCCUUGGGACGGACCUGAUGCAACUUCCGAUGAAGAUUUAUCACUGGAUACGGAUUUAGGCACUGGAAAGGAAAAUGGGUGGGAAGCUAAAGACAUGUUCAAGAAGAACGAGGAGAAAUACGGCGUUGUCUCAUCGUAUAGCCAGGAUUUGAGCGGAUACACCACUCAAAUUGAUAAAACUGAUUCUGAUGCUUUGAAGCGUCAUGAGCAGCAAGCCGCCCAGGUGGCUCAAGAGAUUGAGAAAAAUGUCGUUUCUUGGGAACGUAGUGAACUGGAAAAUGGUGAAGAUGAAGAGGAAGCUUUCUCAGCCGUUGUACGACCACGAAAUUCAAGCCACUCGCAUAACAAUAACAAUAAUAACAAUACGAAUACAAAUAAUUCUGGUGGCAGUAGCGAUAAAUAUAUUCCGCCCUCACGUAGAAUGGGCACUGCUCAGCCAAAUACCCAACCCAUGCCUCAACAAGGAAUUCCAAUGAAUAAUAAUGGGGCUACGAACAAUAAUGCAACUAAUAAUCCUCGAAAUAAAAUUUACACUCAAAACCAAACCCCUCGUGGGGGUUAUGGUGGUCCUCCAAAUAAUUCUUACCAUGAUAGGCGUAAUAACUAUGAUAAUCGACGUGGUCCGCCACCAAACCAAUAUCCCCCUCAGGGCGGAGGUCACAAUGAUGGGCGUCGAAUGGACGACGGUGGCAGUGGUCGUGGUCGGGGAGUGCCAAAUAAAGCCAAUGAUAGACGCGGAGGUGGUACUGCUGGUGGUAGUGGUCGUGAGGAUCCCUCAAAAUUGAAAGACUUUGGUAGAAAUUUUCAAUUAUCAGAUCAAAAUCAACCUCCACGUAGAAUGCCUAUGAACCAGCCACAUCCUAACGCACAGUCGAUGAAUGCGAAUAUACCACCGGCUGCAGCUGACUUGGGUGGGCAAACGUCGACACGUACAAUGAGCCCACCGUCUAAUACUACUAAUAAAUCUCAGAAAGAGGAACCUGUGCCUCAAGCCACUCCCUUUCCACAAGCUAGUGUAGAAGUUAAUGAUAAAGUUGCAAAUAGUGGUGCUACCGGCGUGGUGUCGCCAAACUCUGUUAAUAAUAGUGUAUCGAACAUUAGUGUCAAUACAUCUAAUAACAAUGGAACCCCCGUCAGUAGUGGUGGCAACAUGUCGAAUAUGCACACUCCUGGCUCUUGUGAUUCUAAAUCUAGCGAUUCAGAUAAGAAGAAAUUCACUUUCAACCCCAACGCAAAGGAGUUCAAUCCAUGCACAAAGUCGUUCACAUCACGCUCUCCAAGUACGCCUCCACGACCUCCGAGCACACCUGCUCAACCUUCAACGCCUCAGAUGAUGCCGCCACAGCAAAUUCCUCAAUAUAUGCCUAUUUCUAUGCAAUCUAUUUUAUACGGUCAGCCGUACGCUCAAACGGCAGCACUGACUCCAUCGUCUAGCUCUUCGGGAUCUUCAGGUGGUGCAACCCCUCGUCAUGGAGGAGGAGGUCAACCACAUCGUAAAGGAGGAAUGAUUGGUGGACCUCCUAGAUCAGACAUGACGCCACCAAUUCAAAUGACUGCAGGUCCUCCGCUCUUGGUUCAAGCAGCAGGAGCACCACACUAUGCAUAUGUACCACAGCCAAAUUUCCCUCAGGUCAUGAGGCUUCCUCCUAACAUGCCAGUAUAUGCCACGCAAGAGGGUGGUGCAGCACAAAUGCACCAGCAGGUUCAUUUUAUGCAGCAUAAUGGUCCCCAGAACCAACAUCCAAAUAUCAACACACCUUCAAACACACCUAAUCCGCAAAACCAAACGCCUGUUGUCUCCGCGAAUGGACAAGGAUACAAUCAAGGAGGAGCAACUCAGGGUGGCGCUUCUCAUGUAGGAUUCCCUUACGGCGUCGUUCCAGUAAUGAAUAUGGGUUACCCCCACGGUCCACCACAUAUGUUACUUCCGUAUGUUUCUUCCCAUCAAGGUGAGUAUUCUCACGGAAUAUUUAUGUGCCAUUACACACCGCCGCAACAGCCUAUGAUGAACUGUUGAUAAUUUUAUUUAGUAGAAGUGCGUCGUACAAUUGCUUCUAUUAUAUUAUUAUUUUCAAAAUCGUUUUGCAGUAUCGGUGUGACCGAUAUUUUUAAAAUCUCAUUAUAUACGUUGACUUUGUAUGGCUUUGUAGUUGUUACUAGACCCUUGAGAAUUAUUUAUUUAUGGGAUUACACACGUUGAAAGAAUUAAUUAUUGAUCCCCAAUCUAUGAAAUAUUUUUAUACAUACUUCUUUGUCUACUUGUACUGAGAAAAUCUUUGAGGUGUUUAAAAGCAAAUUUUGUUAAAAUGUGAUGAAUUUUGUAAUACCCAACUACCUACCUACUCCCAAUAUACUGGGUCAAUUGCUAUCCAAAAAAGAACUUGACUUUUGUUUUUAAAUUAUUCCUAUGCUUGAUAAUAAUGAUUGAUUGUGUGUAUGUUUGUGCAAGUGAGUGAGAGAGCGAAAUUUUUUUACCAUGUGUGAAAUUCAAUUCUAGAAUUAUUGAUUGAUCAUCAUUCCUUCCAAAGUCCAAAUUACAUGUAACACCUUUGUUCUCGGAGUUACAUUUUUCCACUUUUUUUUUCUACAAUAAUAAGUCGUAUUUAAUAGUCACAAAAAAAUGUAUCCUAAGUUUCACAGACAGUGUGGUUAGUAGGAUGAUUUGUAAUACGAUACCGUAAUAAUCCAAUAUAUAGUAGUUGAAUUAAAUAUAAAAUAUAAUAUGGAACUAAUUAGACCAAAACCUA